AUGAUCGUCUCCGAAGUUGAACCACCGCAGGAAAAGAAGAUGAAGGAUUCUCACUCACUUUCGUUUUCGUCACUCCCAGACGAAAUCGCAGAGAACUGCAUCGCCCGUAUCUCGAAAUGGAAUUACCCUAAUCUCUCUCUCGUCUCCAAGAGAUUCCUCUCUCUCCUUUCUUCUCCCGAACUCUAUACGACGCGAUCUCACAUUGGAACCACCGAACCAUGCCUCUAUAUCUGCGUACAACAUCCUAAACACCAACGUCCUAAAUGGUUCACUCUUUGGAUGAAACCUGAUGAAAUUAAGAAUGACUAUCAGUUGAUUCCGCUACAAUCCUCUUCUCCAACCGUACCAUAUGAUUCCACCAUAGCAGUUGGUUCGGAAAUCUACGUAAUCGGUGGAUCCUACGAGGCUCCGUCUUCCUCCGUUAGGGUCCUUAAUUGUCGGAGUCACACGUGGCGUAACGCUCCUAACAUGACGGUAGCUCGGGAAGAAGCAACCGCGAUUCUCCUCGACCAGAAAAUAUACGUCAUGGGAGGUUGCGUGAAUGACAAGUCAUCUGCCAAUAAUUGGUUUGAGGUUUUCGACAUUAACACUCAAACUUGGAGCGCCUUGCCAAGCCCUAGAGCUGAUUAUGAUGAGUUACGCCAAUAUAUCGUGGUCAAUGCUGCUGUCAAAGGAAAGAUUUACGCAAUGGCACAGGAAAAGGAGUACACUUACGAGCCGACAUCUGGUGCAUGGGAAGUUGUAAGAGAGAAAUCUAGUCAUCUAGACGUUUGGUGUGCGAUAGAAAAUGUAAUGUAUUGUUGCACUUACGCGGGGCAUUUAUGCUGGUAUGACUAUGAAGCUAAAGAGUGGAGAGAGAUCAAGGGUUUGGAAUAUUUGCGUGGGGACCGUACGUGGGGUUUAGGUAUGAGGAGUGGGUUUGGAUUGGUUAACUACGGUGGGAAACUUGUAGUUAUGAGGCCUAGGAUUGAGAAAGAGAGCCUUAAACUUAAAGUUAAAAUUUGGUGCGCUAAGAUUGCGUUAGAGAAGCGCGUUGGAGGUGAGGUGUGGGGUAAGAUAGAGUGGCUUAAUAGUGUGCUUAAAGUCCCCAAGUCGUAUGAGUACUGCGUGAGUUGUGUCGCCGUUUCGAUUUGA